AUGGGUUUAUGGGAUGAGUUGACGAACUAUAGACCCUUACCUGUUUGCUUAUGUGGAGGUCUGUGUACUUUGAGGGAUAUGCACCAGCAAGAAUAUGUUAUGCAUUUCUUGAUGGGGCUAAAUGACUCUGUUUCUGAAGUUCGUGGUCAAAUUCUUUUAAUUGAUCCACUUCCUCCUAUCAAUAAGGUUUUCUCCCUUGUUCUUCAAGAAGAGAGUCAAAGAGACAUUGGAUCAGUUCUGGUUUCUCAUAUUCCAUUUGCUACACUUUCAUUUACAACAAAACCUGUCCAUCAGACUAAGCCUUCCACUUGCAAAGAUAGACCUAUUUGCUCCCAUUACUCUGUUCCUGGGCAUACUAUUGAAAACUAUUUCAAGUUACAUGGAUAUCCUCCUAGAUAUCACUCCAAAGGGAAAUACUCCACUCCCCCAUCCUCAACUCAUCAAGUUGUUGAUGAUUCUCCUCUUCAUUUUCACUUACUGGAUAUCCUCUUGGGUUAA